AUGGCCGUCGCGACCGAUGCCAAGGUCGCCAGCCUCAGGAAAGAGAUGGCGGCCGCCGGCGUCGCGGCGUACAUCAUCCCCUCGGAGGACCCGCACAUGUCGGAGUACGCCCCCGCGGCCCACGAGCGCCGUUCGUACAUCUCCAACUUCACAGGCAGCGCCGGUACCGCCGUUGUGACCACCGAGAAGGCGCUGCUGUGGACGGACGGCCGCUACUUCCUCCAGGCGUCCGAGGAGCUCGGCCCGGACUGGACGCUCAUGAAGGCCGGCACGCAGGGGUGCCCGGAGAUCGCAGAGUACCUCGCCACGGAGCUCCCCGCGGGUGCCAAGGUGGGGGUUGACCCGUUCCUGUCGACGCUGUCCGGCGCGAGGAAGCUCAAGGCCGCGCUGGAGGCCAAGGGCAAGGAGCUCCUCCCGGUCUUCGCCGGCGGCAACCUCGUGGACAAGGUGUGGGGGAGCGACCAGCCCAAGCUGCCAGAGACCCCCCUCCGCGUGCACUCGCCGGAGUGGGCGGGGGAGACGGCGGCGGAGAAGGUCGCGCGCAUGCAGACCGCCGCGAAGGCCGCCGGCGCGAGCGCGCUGCUCGUCACCGCGCUCGACGAGGUGGCGUGGCUCUUCAACCUACGUGGCUCCGACGUGGACUUCAACCCCGUGUUCGUGUCGUACGCGAUCGUGAGCGAGGACGGCGCGGCGCUGUACGUGAACGAGAAGAAGAUCACCCCGGAGGUCGCGGCGUACCUCAAGGACGCGGGCGUGUCGGUCAAGCCGUACGAGGCCGUUCUGACAGACCUGACUCAGCUCGGCAAGGCCGGGGUCAAGGUCAUGGCGGACCCGACCAAGGCCUCGCUCGCGCUCGAGGCCGCGGUGCUCGAGGGCGUCGCUGCGCGCGAGCCCGCUGCGAAGAAGGCCAGGGCCAACGGGGGCGGCGUGCAGGCUGCCGCGCCGCCGGGGCAGGCGUUCGUGGAGGGCGACUCGCCCGUCGCGGCGGCCAAGGCGCUGAAGAACCCCGUCGAGGUCCAGGGGAUGCGCGAGGCGCACCUCCGCGACGGCGCCGCGCUCGCGCAGUUCUUCGCGUGGCUCGAGGCCGAAGUGGCGUCCGGGCGCGAGGUGUCCGAGGUGGAGAUCUCCGACGUGCUCAAGGGCUUCCGCGCGAAGCAGCCCGGGUUCUUCGAGCCGUCGUUCCCCACGAUCGCCGGCGAGGGCCCGAACGGCGCCAUCAUCCACUACCGGCCCGUCGAGGGCCCGAACAACCGCAAGGUCGGGAAGAACUCGAUGCUGCUGCUCGACUCGGGCGGCCAGUACGACUGCGGCACGACGGACAUCACGCGCACCACGCACUUCGGCGAGCCGACGCCGUUCCAGCGCCAGGCGUACACUGCCGUGCUCAAGGGACACAUCGCUCUGGAUCUCGCUCGGUUCCCGGAGAACGUGCCGGGGCUGGCGCUGGACGCGUUCGCGCGGUCGGCGCUGUGGCAGCUGGGGCUGAACUACCGCCACGGGACGGGCCACGGCGUGGGCGCGGCGCUGAACGUGCACGAGGGGCCGCAGUCGAUUUCGCCGCGGUGGUUCAACACGACGGGGCUGAAGGAGACGAUGAUCGUGAGCAACGAGCCUGGGUUCUACGAGGACGGCGGGUUCGGCGUCCGCAUCGAGAACCUGGCGCUGAUCAAGAACGCGGAGACGGAGCACAACUUCGGCGGCGACAAGUACCUCGGGUUCGAGUACCUGACCAUGUGCCCGAUUUCUACCAAGCUCAUGGACCUCAAGCUCCUGACUAAGGCCGAGGUCGACUGGGUCAACAACUACCACAAGGCCGUGCGCGAGGCCAUCUCGCCGCGCGUGGAGGGCGCCGCGAAGGAGUGGCUCAUCAAGAACACGGAGCCCAUCGCAGUGUGA